AUGGACUCAAAGAUCACAAACAUUGAAUCAACUUAUGCUGUCUUUUUAAAUAUAAGCUCUAAAGAUCAGGUGGCCAGUGUGAUUCAAGCUUGCAUAGGAUCAUUUGGACAUAAUUGCUCUUUCCCAUGCCCUGAUGGGUAUUUCGGUCACGGAUGUCGACUGAAAUGUGACUGCAAUAUAACUGAAUCAUGUGAUCCAGAGAUUGGUUGUACAAUUAGAUAUAUUGCUGAUAACAAAACAGAGUCAAAAACGAACACAGACUUUGACAAGUCUGGGAGAAAAACAAUCCGAACAGCUCUUUUAAGUGGUUGUAGUUUAACCAUACUUGCCAUAUUGAUCGGGAUGUUUCUGAAAUACCAUCGAGUCCUGCUACAAAGAUGCAAAGGAAUUCAAGAAAGCGGCGAUUGUAGAGAAGGUAAUGCACCUUAUGACUGUCUUGAACACUCAGUGGUGAGUGGUAAUCCUGUUGGUACAUCUUGUCGGAAUUACACUGUGCCUCCAGCUCUUAUAAAAGAAAACAAAGCCAAAACAGAUGCUGAAAGAAAAUCAAGCAAGCAGGACGUAGUAACUAAUUUAAGUCUAAAAUGUAAACACGAGUACGUGUGAUCACAAGAGAGAGGCUGACAAAAGAAACCAGGGUCAAAAUCAAAGUCAGACAACAUUGCGUGACUAAGUGAAAAUUAUAUUAAAAUCUCUUUUGAACAAUAAACGAAAAUAAGAAAAAGAAGUAUUUUAAUUGAGGUUACUAUAUUUUUUAUAUCUACAUGAUGCAAGUGAAUUAGAGGUCUCAAUUUCUUACAGUAUACCAAUAUAUAGCACAAGCCUUAUUUGCAGGACUGGUACAUAGCAAAAACUUGGCUUCAUAUAUACUGCUUUAGACAAAUGAAAUUCAAAUUUCUCUGGGUAUUUCAUAAAGAGAUUAACCAUUAAAAACUAUUGAAGAGGGAAGUGUGACUUUCAGAUUAUUUGGCUACUACAU